AUGACGAAUAAACCAGUAGAAGGACUCUUAAAGGAGCUAGACUCACUGGCGCUCAUUCCGUCCCACAGGAUUAUAGUCGGCGUCGACUAUGGCACUACGUUCACUGGAGCCAGCUACGUCAGUACUAAAAAUGGCAAUGACCUGAACGACAUUGUCAUCAUAAGCAGCUGGCCUGGUCCCGCGAGAGACGUGGACACGGUUGUCAAAGCUCCAUCACGGAUUGCUUACACCGCAGACAACCCGAGUGUUCAAACCCGACGCUGGGGUUACCAAGUCCAACCAGGGAUGACCGCGUACUCUUGGACUAAACUUCUCCUCGAUCAAGACAUCCCGCUGACUAAAUACGACGACGCUACUUUAGAGGAUGCAUCUAACUCUGGAAUCCUAAAGCUUCCGGAAGGAAAGACUGCUGUGGAGGUGGUUGCGGAUUACCUGUCCGAGGUGUACCAUCAUAUUCUAAGAACAAUUGCCAAGCAAAUCACGGAAGAGACACUCAGCAUAACACCGUUGGAAUUCUGGUUCACCGUACCAGCCAUAUGGUCUGAUCAGGCACAAUCCGCAACACGCAGGGCUGCCCAGAUGGCCGGGUUUGGGAGCCGGCCCUGUGACAAUAUCUUCAUGAUUAGCGAACCCGAGGCAGCGGCUAUUGCGGCCUUAAGAAAGUACACGACUCACUCAAUGGCUGGCUCGAUCAGGCACAGCCUGGAGAUGGUGUCCUCAGAACUCACGUCGCAGGAUAUCACGACCUAUCUGGUGGAAACGGUUAAGCCAGAGCUGACCUUUGGGGAGUUGUGUACAGGGAUUGGUGGAAAAUGCGGUUCCACUGCUGUAGACCGCAACCUUUAUCAGCUCAUGUCAGAAAGAUUUGGAGAUGCAUUUGAUAGCCUUCCAAUGAAGUCAAAAGGCCCGGGGAGCAGAUUCAUGAAGGCAUUCGAAAGCAUCAAGAGGGACUUUGGCUAUUCCGAUGAGGAAAACGUGUUUGAAUUGCCGCUGAACAUGAAGCUAACAGAUGCGAACCCGGAAUACUUCAACGAUGAUGAGCGUCUAGUGCUCUUGAGCAGCGCGGAUCUUCAGAAGAUCUUCCGUCCUGUCGUCCAGCAAAUCCUCAAGCUGGUGCGCCAGCAGAUCAAAGCCGCAACGGCUGAGGCUGGCAAGAACGUUAUCAAUAGGAUUAUUCUUGCGGGUGGUUUCGGUGAUUCAGAGUACCUCCGGCGCGCCUUAAAGAGAUCAUUUUGGUCAACCGACAACAUCACGAUAACAGUUCCAGACAAUCCGCAAGCUGCCAUCGUCCAGGGUGCUGCCCUUCGUGGUCUUGAAGGUCUCCGGUCCAGCACCAAAAGAUGUCGGCGAAACUAUGGGUGGUCAUGGAAUGUUCCAUUCCGUGAAGGCAAAGAUAACGACACAAACGCAUGCUAUGACAGAUUUACUGGAAAGAAAAUGGCCACAGGGGUGAUGAAAUGGAUGAUUACCAAGGGAGAGAGAUACACCGAAGACCAUGUCUGCACAGCCUCCCUCUUUCGGGCCCAUUUGGAGGGGGAAACGCUGAAAGCAAAUCUCAUGCUCUACUCGAGCGAUCUUGACCAUGCUCCGGAGAGAGUCGAACAUCCUGGGAUUCGCAGCGUUGGCAAUAUAUGCGUAGACUUCACUGAGCUCGAUCUCUCCACAUUUGAACGGAAGAGUCUCCUGGGUACACCGCUCUACAAGCUUCAAUAUGAUGUGAAGGUCGUCUUCGGUGCUCAAGAGGGGGUUUUGAAAUUUGAAGCUGUCUCGCAGGGCAAGGUGGUGGGCAAAACAAGCAUCAAUUUUUAUAGCCCUGGGUUCUAUGAAUGA